CUUCCCCCAGACAUCUACCAGAACUCUAAGAACCUCAGCUCCCUACAAAUAAAGGAAAAGAAAUCUGGAGCGUUCGCCCCUGCUGAUCGAAGCGUCCUGAACCCAGGGACUCUGAGCUGGCCUGUCGCAGGGGAUAACGGAAACCUGUUGAGCGGAGACUGAUCGGGGAUUUCUGAGGAAUUGUGGGAACAGAAACUGGUUCAAGGUCAAUACGCUCUCGCAUGAGCACUGUGUCUCGUGUCUGGGGCGAUGGGUUAAAAAACGUUUUGUUUAAACUCUAAAAACAAACAAACGAAUGAAAACAUAAAAGAAACAAAACAAAACCAUCAACCCUACAAAAAUAAACAAACAACCAAAGAAAAAUUAAAAACCUCUAACAAACCACUACAUUUAGGUUGAAGACAUAAAACGUGCAGCUAUUUUGCUACAAACGAGGUUCUUCUGACCAGUUCCAAAAGACAUUUAGAACUGUUGUUUAAUUAAAUAAUUUAAACAAACUGUGAACAGUUUGGAUUUUCCAAGUGACAGGGAAACUCUAAGUUAAUCUCUUAAGAACUUUCAAUUCUUCUCUUGUGCCUGCCUAGAAUUCUGGAAGAAACAACACUGAAGUUUCAAAUUCUGCCUUCAGGGGUAGAGUUUUGUCCUGGCAAAUGUGAUAUAAUAUAAGUGAUGCUUUCAUGUUUUACGAAACCUAACCUAGUUUCUUUGCUGACAAGGAGGACAGAAGUUUGUCGAUUCUGAUUUUUCGACAAUAAAAAAGGACGCGUCAAAACAAGAGAUACACAAACGUCUCAAACAUUCAUCACUUCCGUAUGUGAAGAGAGCAGGGUAGUUUUUCCCCCGAUAAAUCGCCUUGUACUUGCAAUCCCAGCUUACUGCUGUUCAGGUAUUCUUCACUCGCCAGUACGCCAGUUAAUUCAUUUUGAAAUUUUAAGAAGACCAGAAAACAUUGACCAUUUCACUCGUCUGUAUUUGCGUGUGUGCGUGUUCCCAGAAACGGAUUUCACAGCCAUUUGAGAAAUUUAUCGUUUUCUCAGAAGACGAGAACGACAGAGCUGUACCACGAAUAUGCAGCUUAAUCUGGUGUUUGUGUUUCCUGUAUUGGCUUCCCUUUUUUCGAGGAUGGUGCACGGUACCAUCCUUUGCUCGUCCUGUCGGAGCGAUACAGAACCGUCCUGUGAGACUCGACCCCCAACCCCUAAGCCAUGUGCCAAGUCCAGCAGCGGUAUCGUUGAGUCAUGCUCCACGGUCAAAAUCUACGAGAAAAACUCCGAAGCUAUUCACAUGUUCAUUCGUAGCUGCGCAAGCUCAGACAGAAACGGAUGUUUCGACAGCCUCCCUGGUUACCACACCUGCGCAGAGAUUUGCUAUACCGACGGCUGCAACACAGCCUCCAGUCCUCACACGAAUUUCGUCUUGACUUUAGUUUGCGCCGUUUGUCUGUCCUUUAUAAACGUUUUGGCUCAUUUCUCAAUUAUGUAGCUAAGCAGGUUACGUAUUUCGCUCUAUUUUUUACAUUCACAAACAUCACAUCAGAUCAAUCUGUAUUUCUCACUACCCUAUACAUUUUUCCCUCAACUAAAUCACCUGCAUUUAUUACCCAGACAUAAAUUAUAAUCAUGACUAUUGUGCUUUUGAAUCUUGAAUAUAUUAUUAUCACAAGACAUGAAGUGCAUAUUACUCGUUUUGUAUGUUAAUGAUAUUUUAGUACAGGAUGUGCAUGUUUGUUUCCCCGAAGAGGACACAAUAUAUUUAUUCCAUUUUCCUUCUAAUGGUUUGUUUUUCUUACGACCAUAACAUACAAUUUAACUGGUGCUGCACCAUGCUCCACCAAACGAUAUUAAGCAUACUAAACAUAUGGCUCCAUUGUAUUAAAGUAAGCUACAGAAAGAGUUAAUAUCUCCUCAUAGUGUGCAUGGGAUCGUGAUAAUAAUGUCAGAGACGGUUUGUUUGUUUAUUAUAGGGUUUUACGGCGCUCGCAACUGCAUAAGGUCAUAUGAGCGCGCGGGACACAC